CACAAGACACGGCCAGCGAAUCAUUAUACAUGAGGCUGGCAUGCCAUGCAUGUCUACAUUCCCUACCAGCAUUCCCCUGAUCAUUUCCUGCCUCCAACGAGAACAAACGAAAAUUAUUGCACACAUAUCUGAAGAUCAGAUCAACAAGAACAAAUAGCAACAGAGCAAGCGGGAUGACGUCGGAGCCGGUGCCGCCGGGGAUGUUGAGCGUGCGGGUGCUGCGCGGGGUGAACCUCGUGAAUCGUGAUGCCGACGGCAGCGACCCCUACGUCGUGCUUCUCCUGGACAACCAGAAGGUGAAGACGAGCAUCAUCAAAAAGACGGUGAACCCGGUCUGGAAUGAGGAUCUCACCCUCGCCGUCACGAAUCCAACAACACCGAUCAAGAUAGAGGUGUUUGACAAGGACAAGUUCAGCAAAGACGACAAGAUGGGGGAUGCCGAGGUGGACCUGGAGCCGCUUCUGCAGAUGGCGAGGAUGGACCUGGAGGACAUCCGGAGCGGUACCGUGGUGCGCACUGUGCGGCCUCACCGUGGCGGCGCCGGAGGGAGCUGUUGCCUGGCAGACGAGAGCAGCAUCGUGUGGGAGGAAGGACAGGUGGUGCAGGAUGUGUUGCUCAAGCUCAGGAACGUCGCCACCGGCAUCAUCCAGCUCCAGCUUCGAUGGGUCAAAAUACCAUCAUUAUGAUCGAUCCCUAA